AUGCAGGAAACCACCACAGAAGAUGAAGGUGCAAAUGGACAUGGAAGCAAUGGUAGUGAUGAUGAUAGUGAUAAUAGCAGAAGCAGAAUAGCACAUAGCGGCAAACUUGAACAUGGAUACAGUCAUGGAAGUGCAAACGGCAGAUCAACUAGUAUUGGUGAGAAUGGAAAUAACGGCGGGACCAGAUCUCCAAAUACACAAGGUUCAACUUUCGUACCUGUAUACACAGCAGGUUCAGUUAACAAUCGCCACCAUAACAAUCACCAUGGUGCUGCCAACAGCAACAAGAAAUGCAUUGGACUGCCCAUCUUGUUCACAUCCAGCUGGGCGUCUCUUGUACAUCUGUAUAUGAUAUUCUGA